AUGAACGAUAACAAAGAUAACAAAACAGCAAUUUGCGAAUAUUCGAAAACGCACAAUUAUUCUCAUUCAGCAAGAAUGAAGAUGACUAAAAGUGCACCCGGUCAACUUCAAUGUUGUAUCGCCGAUGAAGAAAAAAUAGGAAUAUAUGCAACUUCACAGUGUAAUCAUAGAAUAUGUUAUGUGUGUUGUCUUAGAUCAAGAUUUUUGUUUAAAUCUUUUAAUUGUGCAUAUUGUAGAACAUAUCAGCAUCAAGUUUUUUUCACAAGAAAUCCAAAGAAAUCUUUUAAUUCACAACAUAAGCAAUUAUUUUUUAAGCUACCAAAUCUUGAUAUAUUUUGCGAAGAUAAAUCAAUAUACGAAAAAUCAAUGGAAUUUAUCAGACUCAAAUGUCCAAAGGAUGAUUGUCGUUUUCAAUGUAAUAAUAAUGAAAAUGGAUUAUUUGAACUUUUAAAUCAUGUUAGAAAAGUUCAUAAAUUAACUUUUUGUGAAUUGUGUCUAUUUAGUAGAAACCUUUUUAUCAAGGAACAUAAAUUAUAUACAAAGUAUGAAUUGAAACGACAUUUCCAUGGAGAUGAUUCUAUAGAUUCCAAAAAUUUCAAUUUUAAAGGUCAUCCGGCAUUAAUCACAACAAUCAUAGUGGCAGCAUCGUUGACAGUAGAAGAAGAAAUGAUGAGGGGGAAGAAAAUCAAAACGAAGUAA